CGGUUUACGCAGUGAAUGUCACGACAUUGCAAGAGGACUUCAAAAAGCAUUCCACUGAGCUGUCAGAGGUGGGCAUAUCAACAAGGCAGUGCUCUUACUGAAAGGGAUGUACACACAGAAAUGGCUGCCAUAGUCACAACACAGAGAGAAGCGAAUCUAUUUGCUCUGGGCCUGUGCCGGAAACAAGACCCUGAAGAGAACAAAUGGAUUCAGGACUUCUGCCGUCUUGAAAUGUCCAAAGAUUACCCAAAUAAACUGGCCAGAAUGGUGGAGAAGCACACGCACAUGGAAAUGCCCUUAGUGUUCCCAGAAGGAUACAGCUUGCGAAUCGCCGCACUCAAGAACACAGUCUUACGGGGAAGAAAGGACAUGAUGGAGGCUUGGCAAGAGCUGUACCUGCCUCAGUCCGAGAUGAUGGUCGUCAUUGGAGCCAUCGACAACUUCCCCUGCUUGGCUGAGGGGCUGCAGUUGAUCGUUAUGGUUGACAGCAAGGGCAACGUCUACGCCUACGAAAAUGAAGUUUUACACAAAAUAGCAUGUACUGUAGAGGAAUUCUUCACACGAAGAAGUCUACAGUCUUCAGUCAGCUACAAGAAGGGAGCAUACUGUGUCCAGCUGACCAAAGAGGAGUUGGAGAAGUUGCAGAAGGACAAGGAUAUUCAGGAAAUUGAACGGCGCACGCAGGAGUUUGUACAAAGCAAACAGAAGGAGCUUGGAGAGAUGCUCAACUUGUUUAGGAAUAAAUAAAAUGAGUGGUGUGGUUUUGAGCAGGUUCAUUUUCUCAUGUACUGACACCCGAGUGUUUUGGAGUAUAGUCGUGCUUUUAAAAUGCCUGACUGGCUCAUUACUCAAACAGGUUCCUUUCUCUGUGUCACCUGAUUGCAAUUCAAGUAGUACAACGUUCAAACUCUUAAUGCAAUCUGGUUAAUUAGGCUUCCAAGAGUUAAAAGCCAACUAAUACGGUUUAAAUGCAUAGUAUAGACAGGGCCCUAAGGAGACCUAGAAAACCUGCUGGACUACGGCCCUCCAGGACCAGGAUUGGGCACCCCUGGUACAAUUUCUGGACCAGAAAGAAGAGUGCCAUCUACUGAUCCACUAACACCACUUCCAACAGCAACCUGCUUUCCUUAUACCCCAUAUCCACUGCACUACCCGAGCUGAGGUCAAUGACGUCACACACAUAGUUUAACGUGAUCAAAAAAAAGACAAUUGCAAUAAGGCUUUAUUUUGUAUUAAAUUCUCCCUUAAUAAACAUACAUUUUGCAUUUUUCCGCGAUUAAAAUUAAACACUGAAAUUGAGCUUCCUGUUGAUACGAUACAGCCAUAUUAUAUCAGUUAAGCACCAUGUUUUUAUUCACGUAUUUACAUUUGUAUAGUUAAGUAACCUACCAAAUACAUUUUGUGCAGAGGAAACCUGCUUUCUCAUGCGCUAUGUACAGUUUCAUGCUGCAAUGACAGGGUGCGUUGCUAUGUACAGUUUCAUGCUGCAAUGACAGGGUGCGUUGCUAUGUACAGUUUCAUGCUACAAUGACAGGGUGCGUUGUUGCUAUGUACAGUUUCAUGCUACAAUGACGGUGUGUUGUUGCUAUGUACAGUUUCAUGCUGCAAUGACAGUCAGGGUGUGUUGUUGCUAUGUACAGUUUCAUGCUGCAAUGACAGGGUGCGUUGCUAUGUACAGUUUCAUGCUACAAUGACAGGGUGCGUUGUUGCUAUGUACAGUUUCAUGCUGCAAUGACAGUCAGGGUGUGUUGUUGCUAUGUACAGUUUCAUGCUGCAAUGGCAGUCAGGGUGUGUUGUUGCUAUGUACAGUUUCAUGUUGCAAUGGCAGUCAGGGUGUGUUGUUGCUAUGUACAGUUUCAUGCUGCAAUGACAGGGUGCGUUGUUGCUAUGUACAGUUUCAUGCUGCAAUGACAGUCAGGGUGUGUUGU